UCAUUUUCAUCAAAGAUAUAUAAAUGUUAAAUUCAUUUUCACCUCAGACACUAUUGAGUUUUCAUUUUAGUUCAUUCUAGAAAACGAGCUAAGAAUAUGAAGUUACUAAUUGCUUUUGGUGUAGUUUGUGUAUAUCAAAUCGUUACGGUAUCAUCCGUCUUCUUUCCAGUUCCAAUCAUUACAGGAACAACAUCAACAUCAUCAUCAGGACAACCCACCACUGUGAACACAAAUAUAUCCUUCCAAAAUGUUUCAAACAUCACAGAUAUGGUCAUUUAUCUUACACAAAAUAUUAGCCGAGCACUGCUAGUAUCAUUACCAACUCCUGAAGAUAUUGAAUUAGUGGCUGAAAUAUUAGAUACUUUUAGCGAUGGUUUGAAGUCCAUGAUUUCGGAAUCUAAGGAGGAUUAUGAAGAGAACCCUGCGACAGGUUCUGAGUGGAUUACAGACGAAUCGUCUAAUAAACCAAAUUUUUUUGAUGACAUUGUAAAGGAUAUCAAUUCUAUGUUUCAAAACUUCGCAGCACUUUUUAAUCCAAAUUUUGACAAUCAGAAAAACAAGGAAGAUACGAAUAAGAAUGCACCAGUUACGAAUAAACAGGAAGAAAAUAUUAAUAACCAAACAAAUUCUGAUACAGAAGACCAAACUCAAACAACCGAAAGUCAGACUGAAGCAAUCAAUAAUCUAAUUGCUGGGACUCGAAGAAAACGAGAUUUGACAUCGAGUAUUUCUGAGAUACUAAAAACAUCAGCUGGCUUAAAUUUGGCAACAAACCCCCUAUAUCCUAGUGGGUCUGUUUCAGCUGACUCACAAGCCUCCUUUCCAAACCUAAGAAAUAUUUUUCCUAUGUCAGAAAUUGGAGGAGAUCUUUCAAACCAAACAUUACAAGCUAUGAAUGAAGGAAUCAAACAAAUGGCUGAGCAAGAUGCUGCUGUCCAGAGUAUCGCAAUUCAAAAUGCUAUUCAACAAGGAAAAGAACUUAUAAAUCAAGAAAUGGAGAAAACUAAAGCAAUACAGCAAUUCGUCAAUACCAGUCUUGAUAAGAUAAGCAAAUUAAUUGAAACUUUGGCCCAAAAGAUUAGGGAUUCCAACUGUGUAAAACAAUUUACAAGUAUCAGAAAUCUUUUAUCAGAAGGAAUAACUUGUGUAAAGAAUAAAUUCGACACUGGUAUAAAAACCAUCAACGAUACUCUCUCAAAUAUUUCUGAUGCUUUAGAAGUUCCAUGGGACAUUAAAAAUGAAGCAGAAAAAUGCGCCGAAAAUCAGGAAGCGAAUGUCUUAUCCAAAAUUCUAUGCUACGCCACGAUACCGCUGAAACUGGAAGAGAAUAAACUAUUCCUACCCAUUGAAUUUGGUAAAAGAAUUGCUGAAGCUGUUCAAUUCUUUGCCACCUUGAGGAUGGAUCUAAUAAGAUGUGGUAUAGUGACUAUUCAGUCAAUCGCUCUUAAAGCCGUAGAUUGUGGAAAAGAAGCAAUAAUCAUUGGGAAAGAUACCAUCCUAGAAAUGAUCUAAAUUUACUCGAGCUAUGUAAAAGAAAUUCAAAAAAUAAAAAAUAAAUGUUCAUAACUUA